GCAGCUCUGAUCCAUAAUCUGCUCUAAUCUGUUAAUCUGUUCUCCUCUGGGUCGGUUCUGCUCAGUUCCACUCAGUCUGCGCCGACCUGCAGGGAUGGAAGCCGCAGCGCCAGAGGAGUUCCUGGUUCUGCCGUGGCCCAGCGGCGGCGGGUCGGACCCGGGGCCUGGGGGCGUUGGUGUCCUGCUGACGUGUGGAGCCGCAGUGGGAGUCACUCUGAUCUGUGUGGUGGUGCUCAGGAAGUGGAUCGCAGGUGGAGUGUGCCGCUGUUCGGUCCGGCUGGAUGGGAAAACGGUUCUGGUGACCGGGGCGAACACGGGCAUCGGAAAGGAGACCUGCAGAGACCUGGCAGGGAGAGGAGCCCGGGUGGUGAUGGCCUGCAGGGAUCUGAGCCGGGCCGAGCGGGCAGCGGACGAGAUCCGGCAGUCUACCGGAAACGGGAACGUGGUGAUCAGACACCUGGACCUGGCCUCCGUCUACUCUGUCUCACAGUUCGCCAAGGACUUCCUGGACAGUGAAGACAGACUGGACAUCCUGGUCAACAAUGCAGGUGUGAUGAUGUGCCCUAAAUGGAUCACAGAAGAUGGCUUUGAGACUCAGAUAGCUGUCAAUCACCUGGGUCACUUCCUGUUGACCAAUCUGCUGCUGCCAUUGCUGAAGAGCUCCACCCCCAGCCGUGUGAUCAACGUGUCAUCUAUUGCCCACCGGGGAGGUCAGAUCAACUUUGAUGACUUGUUCUUCAGCCGGCGGCCGUACAGCGCGCUGGAGAGCUACCGGCAGAGCAAGCUGGCCAACGUCCUCUUCACCCGAGAACUGGCUCGACGUCUCAGAGGUUCUGGCGUGUCAGCCUUCUGUCUUCAUCCUGGGGUGAUCCGGACUGAGCUGGGGCGCCAUAUAGAGGGCUGGUUUCCCCUGCUGGGGGCGCUGCUGAGGCUUCCUGCCCUGCUGCUAAUGAAGACUCCCUGGGAGGGCAGCCAGACCACCGUGUUCUGUGCCGUGACGCCGGGCCUGGAGGAACUUUCAGGCCGAUACUUCAGUGACUGCGCAGAGAAGGAGGCGGCGCCAGAGGGACAGGACGAUGAGGCAGCCUGGAGGCUGUGGGAGGAGAGCGCCCGAUUAGUCAGACUGAAGGACACCUGCUGACCUGUGACCUGCUGGCUGACACACAACAGGAAGAGACGACAGCAGUGCCCCUCUGCACAAAGCAAGGAACAGGACCGGUGCUAGAACAUUAAGUGGUCCGGUCAAACCCAGGAAACAAACUUUCUUCUAGUCUGGUACCAAGUUGAACCCGAGGUCGUCGAGCGGGCCCCGACUGGUUGACAGAAAGAAACCAGCUUAACAUUACUCUGAAGCUUCCUUGUCCAGCUGGUGUUUGUUUUAUCAUCCAAAUUGCUUCGUCCAGGACUGUGACGGCCCGUUCACCCCUGAACUGCCUGGUACCUUCAAACGGACCACAGUCGGUCCCUUCUGGUGUCUGAACCUUUGAACUCUGGUCCAGCUGAAAACUCUACGGUAAACCUGG